CGCGCCUAUUAAAGCCGCGGCGGGCGGCACCGCGCGCGCGGAGCGUGACGGCGGCGGGCGGCUCGUGGGGCUCCGUCUGUGGCGCGCGCGGCCCGCCCGCUCUCUCAGGUACCUGGUGAGGUGACAGCUUUGAGCUACAGCUAUGGCAUCCAACAAGAUGUGGUGCACCGUUGCCCUUGGAUUUCUGCUGCCUUUUUCUUUUGCCCAUACGGACUUCUUCACCUCAAUUGGCCAUAUGACAGACUUAAUUAACACAGAGAAAGAUCUGGUGAUAUCACUGAAAGAUUACAUCAAGGCAGAAGAAAGCAAGCUGGAACAGAUCAAAAAAUGGGCAGAGAAAUUGGAUAAGUUGACAGAUACUGCUACGAAAGACCCCGAAGGUUUUUUGGGACAUCCUGUAAAUGCAUUCAAGCUGAUGAAACGGCUUAACACAGAGUGGGGCGAACUGGAGAGCCUGGUUCUGAAGGACAUGUCGGAUGGCUUCAUCUCCAACAUGACGAUCCAGCGGCAGUUUUUUCCAAACGAUGAAGAUCAGACUGGUGCAGCAAAAGCCCUCUUGCGGCUUCAAGACACGUAUAAUUUGGAUACAGACACCCUCUCAAGAGGGAAUCUUCCAGGGGUAAAGCACAAAUCCUUUUUAACAGCUGAAGACUGCUUUGAGCUGGGAAAGAUUGCGUACACAGAGGCUGAUUACUACCACACUGAGCUCUGGAUGGAGCAAGCUCUGAAACAGCUGGAUGAGGGAGAAGUGUCUUCUGCAGAUAAAGUCUAUAUUCUGGACUACCUGAGUUAUGCUGUGUAUCAGCAGGGGGAUCUGAGCAAAGCAAUGAUGCUCACCAAGCGCCUUCUCGAACUGGAUCCUGAGCAUCAAAGAGCAAACGGAAACAUGAAGUAUUUUGAAUAUAUCAUGGCCAAAGAAAAGGAAGCCAAUAAGUCCAGCACAGAUGCAGAAGACCAGACAGAGAAGGAAACUGAGUUUAAGAAAAAGGAUUACCUGCCUGAGCGAAGGAAGUACGAAAUGCUGUGCCGUGGGGAGGGUCUCAAAAUGACUCCUCGGAGACAAAAAAGACUGUUCUGCCGCUACUACGAUGGAAACAGGAAUCCUAGAUACAUUCUGGGCCCUGUCAAACAGGAAGAUGAGUGGGACAAGCCUCGAAUUGUUCGCUUUCUUGAUAUCAUUUCUGAUGAAGAGAUUGAAACUGUGAAAGAACUAGCAAAGCCAAGGCUGAGCCGUGCUACUGUUCAUGACCCCGAGACUGGGAAACUGACCACAGCACAUUACAGAGUCUCUAAGAGUGCUUGGUUGUCUGGAUAUGAAAGCCCUGUGGUGUCUCGCAUUAACACCAGGAUACAGGACUUAACAGGGCUUGAUGUCUCCACAGCAGAGGAACUUCAGGUGGCAAAUUAUGGAGUGGGAGGACAGUAUGAACCCCACUUUGACUUUGCACGGAAAGACGAGCCAGAUGCUUUUAAAGAAUUGGGAACAGGCAACAGAAUUGCUACAUGGUUGUUUUAUAUGAGUGACGUGUCAGCAGGGGGAGCUACCGUCUUUCCUGAAGUAGGAGCAAGCGUUUGGCCUAAAAAGGGAACAGCUGUAUUCUGGUACAAUCUCUUUCCAAGUGGAGAAGGAGAUUACAGCACACGGCACGCAGCCUGCCCAGUACUAGUUGGAAACAAAUGGGUGUCCAAUAAAUGGCUCCACGAGCGGGGACAGGAAUUCCGAAGGCCGUGCACGUUAUCAGAGUUGGAGUGAUGCAGAUUCGUCCUUCUCCUCUGUAUUCAGUUUGUGUAAAAUGCACACAUCUCCUACAGUUUACAAUUGACUAACACUCCACUACAGAUUCAGUCUUCAACUACACCAGUGUUUCAUCUGUGGACAAAAAACCCCACGCUUUUAGUUCCUUCUAAAAUAUCCCCUUUAAGGUUUUAUAAACAGAUUAUAUUGA